UGGAAUCCCUGCAGCUAAGUUCAUUUGUUCGAAGUGUAUAGAAAGGGUAGUAAGUUUAGUUGUAAGGAGGUGCAGCUGUGAUAUAGGCUUAACGAUAUUCAUAAUGUAUUACCAGCUGAAUAACUUCACAGGUAGACUUAUUGGCUCAAGACACAUUCAGCCAUAUUUCCCUAUUAGUGUAAACCCUCUGAACAAGAAUGAUCCACCCAAGAUUGUGUUUCAAGAUGCAAGUGUGAAACCUGUGAGCCAGACAUCUCCACGACAUUCAUCAACUAGCACAAGUACCCUGUAUUCAUCCCUGAAGAAGAAGCAGGAACUAUUCCAGAAGAAAGAUGGCGUGCCUGUGUACCUUAAGGGAGGACCACUGGACAAAGUUUUGUUUGGCAUAACAGUGGCAUUGUGUGUGAUUGGAACAGCUGCUUCAAUCCAAACACUUUAUGUAAUGUCAUACCCCAAGAAGGCUUGAGCAGGCUCCUCCACAUAGUCUCUUGUUAGCAGAACCACUGGUUAUUCUCCCUGGCUGCAACAUGGUUAUCCUAACAAAACUUAUGCAUGGGUUAGUUUCCACUUGACUGUGAAUGUUUUGUUUCACACUGGAUUAAAGGGAGGGUUAGUUUGCAUAACAUUUCUUGUGCUUUUCUUCAUAUCAUCAGUUGGCAUUAUUCUCUUCUAUAAGCCAAUCAGUGUUGUGGCUGUUGGACAGUGAAGAUAUCAGACAAAUAGGGAAUGUUUGCUUCACAUUACUGAGCAAACUGGAUUAAGCAGUAAUGCUUGUGGCUUGCAUUUGGAGGUGUCCAGUUUGAGUCUUGUACGGUGGACUCAUCCCAACUGAGGCCUUUUUUGUGGUUUCCCUCAGUUCCUCCAAAAAGAUUUAAGAGUGUACCAUAAAUUAGGCAAAAACAACUUUCUUUGGCAUUCUUUCCAUUUUAUUAUUCAUUAUAAUUUGUUCAUUGGUGAGCCAUAUCAGUAUAGUGAUGGACUGCUGGCUGGGGUUCCAUUCCUGGCAGGGGAAAUCGAUUUUUCCCUUCACAGCAUCCAGACGAGCUCUGGGGCUCACCCAGCCUCUGUCCGGUAGGUACCAGGGGCCUUCAACCCAGUGAUAAAGCUGCUGGGGCAUGAAGCUGAUGACUCACCUCCAUCUGCUGCUGAGGUUAAGAGUGGUGGAGCUAUACCUCUACUCCCCCACAAAUCUUCAUGGCAUGGUGGUUAAUGAAUUAGGCACAAGGAUAACUUUACGUUUAUCAUCCAUUAAUUUCAUGCUAUGUAGUUUUGAGUUACUGACCAUCAUUAAAUAAACUAUAGAUUUUUAUGGAUAUGUUAUUAUUCCUGUCAUUUGAAGUUUUGUUAGGAAAGCCAGGUACAGUAUAUGAUGUGAAUUUGUAAAGAAAAAUGAGUUAACUUGUAGUCUAUUGUUCCUUGUUAUCAUAUUAAAUUUUCCAGCCUCUACUUUUAAGAUGAAAGGAAAUACAAACUGGAGGAUACCUUUUUUCCAUUGGAAUGAUUUUUAGGAAUAAAGAUGCUAACUUAUGAAGGUGGAUAUUCUUGUAAUCACAUUCACAGUAUAUAACUGACCAUGAGAGAUUAGUCCUGCUGUCAAGAACAUAGUGAUCAAUUUUAAAAUAAGUAGCAUCUGUAUAGAUUUGUAUUUAUGUUUUGUAUAGUAUGUGAUCAUUAUGUUUUUUUCCAGUAGUUUGAAUUAUAAAUAUGAUUAUUUUAAUAAUUAAUGUUAUUUACAUCUGUUAAAUAAAAUCAUAUGUGCUAUUAGUGUUAUCUGUUUAACAAAAUGAACAGAAUAAUUCAAAACAAAGCUCUGACAGUGAUCCUGAAUUUGUUUUUUUAAAUUUUGUCACCUUUUGUUUCUGAGUCUACAUUCCUUCUGAUGUUUCUUCCCUAAUCCUCUGUUAUUGUUUAACAUAUGUGUGACCUUUUAUAUCAUCCCAAAAAUUCUUGUAGCAAAAGUUGUUACAUAACCAAAAUAAGUUGUUUUCUAUAUGUAAUUCAGGGGUCAAAAAA